UGACUCUGGGCCAGACCUUGCUUGUACAGGCAGCCACAGGCUACAGGGCUACCACCGUGCUCCGGCCUCAGCAGGCGCGAGUGUCUCCAUUUCCCCCAAAGCCUCCUUCUCCUGCACCCUGGGGUAUGACCAUGGAAGCCACGACUCUGGUGGAGCAGAUCCUGGCGGAAUUCCAGCUGCACGAGGAGGACCUGAAGAAGGUGAUGCGGCGCAUGCAGAAGGAGAUGGACCGAGGCCUGCGGCUGGAGACCCACGAGGAGGCCAGUGUGAAGAUGCUGCCCACCUACGUGCGCUCCACCCCGGAAGGCUCGGAAGUCGGGGACUUCCUCUCCCUGGACCUGGGUGGCACCAACUUCCGGGUGAUGCUGGUGAAGGUGGGGGAGGGCGAGGAGGGGCAGUGGAGCGUGAAGACCAAGCACCAGAUGUACUCCAUCCCUGAGGACGCCAUGACCGGCACCGCUGAGAUGCUCUUCGACUACAUCUCCGAGUGCAUCUCCGACUUCCUGGACAAGCACCAGCUGAAGCACAAGAAGCUGCCGCUGGGUUUCACCUUCUCCUUUCCUGUGCGGCACGAAGACAUCGACAAGGGCAUCCUCCUCAACUGGACCAAGGGCUUCAAGGCCUCGGGGGCAGAAGGAAACAACAUCGUGGGGCUCCUGCGAGAGGCCAUCAAGCGCAGAGGGGACUUUGAGAUGGACGUGGUGGCCAUGGUGAACGACACGGUGGCCACCAUGAUCUCCUGCUACUACGAAGACCGCCAGUGCGAAGUCGGCAUGAUUGUGGGCACCGGCUGCAACGCCUGCUACAUGGAGGAGAUGCAGAACGUGGAGCUGGUAGAGGGCGACGAGGGCCGCAUGUGCGUCAACACCGAGUGGGGCGCCUUCGGGGACUCGGGCGAGCUGGACGAGUUCCUGCUGGAGUACGACCGCGUGGUGGACGAGAGCUCCGCGAACCCCGGUCAGCAGCUGUACGAAAAGCUCAUCGGCGGCAAGUACAUGGGCGAGCUGGUGCGGCUCCUGCUGCUGAAGCUGGUGGACGAGAACCUGCUGUUCCACGGCGAGGCCUCGGAGCAGCUGCGCACGCGCGGCGCCUUCGAGACGCGCUUUGUGUCACAGGUGGAGAGCGACUCCGGGGACCGCAAGCAGACCCACAACAUCCUGAGCACGCUGGGGCUGCGGCCCUCGGCCGCCGACUGCGACAUCGUGCGGCGCGCCUGCGAGAGCGUGUCCACGCGCGCCGCGCACAUGUGCUCGGCCGGGCUGGCGGGCGUCAUCAACCGCAUGCGCGAGAGCCGCGGCGUGGACGUGAUGCGCAUCACGGUGGGCGUGGAUGGCUCGGUGUACAAGCUGCACCCCAGCUUCAAGGAGCGGUUCCACGCCAGCGUGCGCAGGCUGACGCCCAGCUGCGAGAUCACCUUCAUCGAGUCGGAGGAAGGCAGCGGCCGGGGUGCCGCGCUGGUCUCGGCCGUGGCCUGCAAGAAGGCCUGCAUGCUGGGCCAGUGAGAGCGGCGGCGGCGCGCGCAGGGCGGACCCCGCUCCACGGGGAUGGCGCUCCCCACAGGGGCUCCCAGCUCGGCCGGCCAGGGGGCCCGGGCUCGAGAGGACCCCAGAUGCCUCCUCACCCACUGUACCCCUGGAAUUGGGGAAGAGCCCUGGGGAUUGGAGCACAAGUCUGUUGGCAGAGUCGGUUGGAGGGACAGCCCCAGGGCACUGGCGGGGUGGGAGCUGGGCAGGACAGGGACAGACACUCCAAACGCCGCAGGCCUUUCCUGGGGGAACCCAGCACCCCAAGGGCGCUGGGCACUCAUUUCCACACGGCCCACCUCCCACGCUGGGCCUGGUUGGGCUCCCCUGGGAACUCACCGAGUGUGAGGCGGAUCUAGCUGCUGGGUGGGAGCAGACCAGCCAGCAGGGUGACCCCAGGACUGGCUGAAUUCCUGCCUGUGGCUUCAGAUGCUGGGGGAGUCACACAGGGGGCCGCCCCACCCCCAGUGCCCGAGUACCCGGAGUUCUGGACUGGACCCGCAGGCAGUGGCACCGUCAGCCUCCACAAGCCAGCCCAGGAGGAACCCCGGCAGCAUUCCCACACCCCAGGGCCACCCAGGCCCCUCUCCAGAGCCACCCACCCUCU